AUCAAUUCGGAAAAUGAACAAAUAUACUUUUUUAUAUAGCCUGUGCAUUUUGUGUACCGUUCGUUUAACUACACCAUUGAAAGCAGAGCGGAGUUCCCAAGACAUCUUAAUCACUAGCAAAUUGCGCACCAAAAGGCAGAGUUGUCAAGAUGGCACUUACCAGCAUGAGGGAAUGGCAUGCUGUCUCUGUGCGGCUGGCCAACAUCUGGAGAGACACUGCAGUGUGAGCCCAGAGGAUGGAACCUGUGUUAACUGUGAGAAAGAUAGGACCUACAACAGUGACCCCAACUCCCUGGACUCCUGUGAGCCCUGCACUUCCUGUAACCCUAAAGCCAAUCUGGAGGUGGAGGACAGAUGCACCAUCUUCAAGGACUCAGUAUGUCGAUGCCAGCAGGGCCACUACUGUAACAAGGGGAAGGAGCACUGCAGGGCCUGCUACCCAUGUACCACAUGCAGGGAAGAGGGCAUCAAGGUAGCCUGUACCGCCACCAACAACACCAUAUGCAAUGCCUUCAAAGAACAAGGAAGCAAUUUGGCAGCAGUAUUGGUCCUGACUACUGUUCUUCUUGUCGCUUUGAUUGUGAUCUUUUGCCUGUGGAAAAAUAAUAAAUAUUGUUUUGGGCCAAAUGGUGGUUUGACAGAACUGCCCAACCGGAGUUUAGAGGAAAUGCAGCCACUGAGAGGUGUUGAUCUCAGGCCACACCUCCCAGACAUCGCUAAGACCUUGGGGUGGAAGGACAUGAAACAGUUGGCCGAGGGCAGUGGGAUGACACAUACCGACAUAGAAUCCCACCAGCUGAACUUUCCCAAUGACUCCCAGGAGCAAUGCUCCAGCCUACUGAGGGCCUGGGUGGAGAAGGAGGGGAUGACCACAGCCUCUGAGACACUGGUCCAGACUCUACGCCGCAUGAAGAAAAAGGUCAAGGCAGAGGAUAUCAUGGCUAUCAUCAGCAACAAGGAGGAUGCCAUCACAAGGAAAAACUCAGGAUCAGAUGCAGUGCCUUAGAAGCACAAGCAUUUCGCUACACUUGCAUUAACAUCUGCUAACCAUGUUUAUGUGACCAAUACAAUAUUAGUAGUACUGUUCAUGCCAGUCAAGAUGCCAGUAUAGCUGGUUUUAACAGUCUCUUGAGGUUCAGUUUCAUCAGUAACAGGUAAGACCUCUGUUGUUGCAGGGACGAACUCACCCGAGUCCCGAUGAGAUAAAGCCAUCAGCAGCUUCAUCCUGUGCUGUGACUCCUUGAGCUGUUGCAUUCAGUAAUUGGUCUACAUUUGUGCGCCAGAUCAUGUUGGGGCCUACAUUCACAGUGUAGGUCAAGGGUCCUGUCUUUGACACAAUCUCGCCAGCUUGCCAUUUCUGGUUUGGGCUCUUUUAGUUUCUGGCAAUAACUUCCUGUCCAAUGUCAAAGGUUCUGAGUUGCGUUUGUUUUUGUUUUGGGGAACACUUACUGUUGAAUGUGUCAGCAGGUUUGCAGGUAGCAAAUGGAAAUAAAAUUACAUUGUACAUUAGAAUAGUUAAAUCCUUCUCUCUUUCCCAAGCCAAACGUAUCCCUCUCUACCACCCCAGUUUCUCUCCCCUUUACACCAGCCAAGCCAAGCUUCCCUCAACCUCCCAUCCUUGUCCACCCAAGCCAAGCUUGGCCUUAUUUCUCAUUCUUGGCCAUCCUUUCCCACCCUUACCCACCCAAGCCAAGAUUGUCCCAACCGCCCAUAUUUUCCCACUCUCUCUUCCUCUCAGACACACAUUCACACACACACACGCACACACACACACGGACACACAUAUAGAAGUUAUUGACAUGCAUGCUAUAUCAUCCCAUUUGAAUUGUCUUCAGUGUCCAUGUAGCCCAUUGGCUUCGGAUACUUCUAUCAUUAAUUCACCGAGCAGAACAGUUACUUGGGAAAGUCUAGUGUAGAUUGUUUUGGGGGGAGGGGGAAUUAAUAUUGUCUCAAUUUAUGAUAAACUGGUUUUAGGCAUCAUUGUAUCUAGCCUACAUUGUGCUCAUCGCUUUUUCCCCGCUUCAUUCUCUUCUCAGUAAAUGGGACUCUCCUUGUUGAACUGGAAAGGUUUCUUGCAGCUUGAUUUGGGCUUCGUCGGUGCUUGUGAAUUCCAUCCUUUACCUUCCCUUCCAUACCCACAGCACUGCUGGGAAGCGGAGCUGAGGUUUAAUCCCUUUUUCCUCCAGUGACUGUCUGAUCGGGAUGUAAUCCAAUGCGUCUUUUUCUCAGCUUUGCAGAUAGGUCCUGGAAGAAUUGAAUAGUCUGGCCGUGGAUUUUAAUUCAGUUCAACCAUUUAUCUAUAACAUGACACCUCAACACAUACCCAAUACACCAUAUCUCCUCACCUCCUACUUAAAUUGUCACCAUUAGGAGCAACAGUCGUGAGAAGGAACUUUGAGCCACUAGGUGACCCUGCUGGGUCAGGGUGUCACCCGGUAAUAGUUCUGAACCUCUUACUGGUGGUUCUUUUGGUGUUGCUUUACUCAACUGUAACUGAUCUGUGUGCCUUUUCCAGAUGACGUCCUCUGCAUUCUGGACAGUGUAGUACACAUGACCAGUCUGAGAAAUGAGUUUAGCAUGAACCCACUUUGGUCCGCUGAGGUAGUUUCUUGGGACUCGAGCUGCAGACACUAACUUGCGAUGCGCAUCCACGGGCACAAGAAACAUUCUGUCUUUGAAUGGACCUGCAAAGUUGGUGUGUGUGUGUGUGUUGCCACGCCUCCUCCGACCAAUCCCACAAAUGAAGAGGUGCAAGUUGAGGUAUGUUGCGAACCUUCUGACAAGGAUUUUUUUUUUUGCUUUUUCCUCGAUGCUUACAUCAAAAAGACGUCAUGAAAAAUAUGUGUUAAUCUGGUUGUGAUCUGGAUAUAAGACGUCCCGACCAGAUUUCAACUCUCAAAAUACGUCUUUAUCAUGUUGUAUGCCCACUGGGUGGUGUAUGGUUGUAGGCAGUUUAUAUUUGUCAUGCAGCCAACUAUUGUAAAUUUGCAAAGGUCUUUGUUGAAUUGUUUUCCAUUGUGUCAAUGUAUUUUGUUUAUACCCAUGUAAGUCAUAUGAUGUAUACUGUACCGGUAGUAAUAAAGAUGGGCCCUAUUUUAUUGAAAAAUACAACAACUAUAGCCUUUAUUAACAGUAUUGGACAACACCACUUCACAUCUCUUGUAUUCUUAGACAUGUGCGCUGCAUUGUAGGCUAUUCUGUUGAAAUGCAGGCCAAAUUAUGGAAAAUAGCCAAAUAAAGUCAGUCAUGGGAGAAUUAAAAAAAAAAAUUGACAGGGUGUAGGCCUACAAUGUUUGUCUCCAUUAUGUUUUUCCUGGCUCUACAACUGUCAUACCUUUAGUCUGAGGGAGACUUCAAGGAACAGACUAAAUCCACCAUUAAUUAACAACUUUCAUUAGUCAAGAUGACACAACUUCAUGGCAUAAAGGCAGUUGUAUCAAUGGUAGGCUACAUUGCAGUUUACAGGGGAAGUGCCAAAUAGUUGUUCAACAUCUCAAAGGCUAACAGUUUAUUUGGCAUUUCACUGUACAUGCUUGUAAUUUUAGUUAAUGUUGAAGUUCUAUUAAAAAUGUGAACAUUUUGAAA